CUCGACCACUCCGGGGAUUAUCUACUCCUCUUUUCUUCUUCACCGACGAAGAAAGAACCACGAGUACCAUCACAUAGCGAGACUUGAGUCCAGUGAAGGUCACGUCCCGCCACUAUGCCCAAGAACAAGGGAAAGGGUGGUAAGAACCGUCGUCGUGGAAAGAACGAGAACGACAAUGAGAAGCGUGAGCUUGUCUUCAAGGAGGAGGGCCAGGAGUACGCUCAGGUCGUGAAGAUGCUCGGUAACGGCCGUCUGGAGGCUCUUUGCUUCGAUGGCGAGAAGCGUCUGGCCCACAUUCGCGGCAAGCUUCGCAAGAAGGUCUGGAUCAACCAGGGUGACAUCAUUCUCCUCUCCCUGCGUGACUACCAAGACGAGAAGGGCGAUGUUAUCAUGAAGUACACCGCCGAUGAGGCCCGUUCCCUGAAGGCCUACGGCGAGCUGCCCGAGCACGCCAAGAUCAACGAGACCGAUACCUACGGCGCCGAGGGCGCAGACGACAACGUCGAGUUCGACGAAGACCGUGACAGCGAGGAUGAGAAGGAAAUCGAUGUCGACGAGCUCUAAGCUCACCCCUAUCCACCCCAGAGCUCGAUGCUCUCUGCCCUGCAAGGGUGCCAUCAUGGCGCUCUCCAGAUGUUUCGCCAAACACCCCUCCUACACUGCCGCUGAUGGUGGUCAGUAUACUGGAUCUAAUGCUCCCGAUCGCUCGAGCCUCCUUGCUCCACGAGGCCGACAUCAGAUCAUUACAUUCGUUUUUUGAACGGGUAUAAAAAGCAAUCGUCAACCAGUCUACGACGCUGAAGCCCAUUACGGCUUUGCAUGAGGAUGAGGGCUUCUUUGUACCCCCUCUUAGGCGCUACGACAAUUAUCAGGACAUGAAGCAAUCGACGACACGGUUUCGGGAUUUGCAUGGCUGUUAUGGGUGUCUGGGGUCGAUUGUCUCCUUCAGUUCCCAUUUGUCUUUGCAAAGCACCCGGGAUCAUGCUACAGAGAAAAGUGGUUGCAACGCGCAUGAUGAACCUGUGUGUCUGUGUACUUGCAUCGCAUCGAAUGCUAUGUGACUUAAUCUGUUUAGCCUUGCUUUCCUUCCAUUCCUUUCGAGUGAUAGAGUUAUGAAAAAGGUCACAAGAAUUGAAAAUAGUUAUCAUUAUUACAAA